CCUUCCACCCCUUCACCACCCACCCACCAACCCCAACCCACCCUCUUAACCCCACACGCUCAGUAAAGGGGGAAAAAGAGAAACAAACUUACUUCCUCGACGCAUACCUAGAUCUUAUCUGUUUAAGUCAUGGAACAAAAUGCCUUGAGAAAUUUUAAGGACUUCUUGCAAGUAUACAAUUACAUGUCAAAUACUUGCUUUCAGCAUUGUGUGAAUAAUUUUUAUUCAAGAGAUUUAGCAUCUGAUGAGGAAAAUUGUGUCGAUUUAUGUGUUAGAAAGCAUAUAAACGUUAAUCAUAGAAUAAUGGGAGUUUUUGUGGAACUUCAGCCAAUGAUUGUCAACAAACGAAUUGAAGAAAUGAACCAAGCACAAGCAGCGCUGCAAUUGGAACAGCAAACUCAGAGUCAAGCUUAA